ACAGCAAGAUUCUAGUUAACACACAGCCAACAUUUGUUUCCCUGUCUUUCUCUCCUCUUUUUCCCUCUCAUUCUCUUUCUACUUUCUACUGAUUUUCUUCUUCCAUUUUUACACACAACUUUUAGUGCUAAAUUUGAAAGAACAAAAAUGGCAAGUGGAGGUGGCUAUGGUGAUGCAAGUCAAAAAAUAGACUAUGUUUUUAAAGUGGUUUUAAUAGGUGAUUCAGCUGUGGGAAAAUCACAAAUAUUGGCUAGAUUUGCAAGAAAUGAGUUUAGUCUUGAUUCUAAAGCUACAAUUGGUGUUGAGUUUCAAACAAGAACACUUGUUAUUCAACAUAAAUCUGUCAAAGCUCAGAUCUGGGAUACUGCUGGCCAAGAAAGAUAUAGAGCUGUCACAAGCGCUUACUACAGGGGAGCUGUCGGAGCUCUAUUGGUUUACGACAUAACAAAACGCCAAACUUUUGAUCACAUGCCACGCUGGCUUGAAGAGUUACGUGCGCAUGCUGACAAGAACAUCGUGAUUAUGCUGAUCGGAAACAAAACUGAUCUUGAAGAUCAACGAGCUGUUCCCACGGAGGAUGCUAAAGAAUUUGCACAGAAAGAGGGAUUAUUCUUCUUAGAGACAUCUGCUAUGGAGGGCAGAAAUGUCGAGGACGCGUUUUUUACUGUUUUGACAGAGAUCUUCAACAUUGUGAACAAGAAGAAUCUUGCUGCAGGUGAUGAUCAAGCGAAUGGUAAUCCUGCUUCUUUAACGGGAAAGAAAAUUCUUGUACCUGGUCCUGCACAAGUUAUCCCAGAAAAGAAAGCAUGUUGUAGAUCUUGAGAAAUUGGGAUUUUUGAAAGAACAAAAAUAAGGGAUAUUGAGAUUUGGUGUUUCUUUUUCAUUCUUUGGGUGUCAAUCAAUUUCUUGGGUAUGUUAGAUUUCAAAAUUCAUCUCAUAGUGAUUCUUGAAAGUCUUUUUUGUUUAUAUGUUAUGAUGUUAUUUGUGUACUGUUUCAAUGAAAGGAAAUAGUUACAUAAAGGAUAAUUGCACUCGGUCCUCCA